UGUGUGUGUGUCUCAGUGUCAGUAGGAGGAGCCUGUUCUGUUUAGUUCACUUCAGUUAGUUAGAGUCGCAGUGACUCGCAGCUGCAUCUUCUGUGCAUCAUGGCUCGCAGUGACGGUUGAAGAUCCUCAGGCUCUCGUGCAUCAGCUGUCCUGUAGUUGAUGGAGUGUGUGGUGUGUUUGAGGUCAUGGCCACGGGCUCCUCCAGAAGCGACUGUAGCAAUAACGCCAGAGAGCUGCAUGCCGUCGUUUCCUGUGCCAAACUCAAGAGGAAGAAGAACUGGUUUGGAACGACCAUCUAUGUGGAAGUGACAUCAGAGGGAGUGAGCAAGAAAACCACCAAAUCCCACAGCUCCUCCAAUCCCGCGUGGGACGAGCGCCUGACGCUGAACAUCACGCCGCACUCGCUGCUGGACUUCAGGGUUUGGAGUCACCACACGCUGAAGACCGACACUCUGCUGGGGAGAGCCUCACUGGACCUGAUCGGGACCCUCCGGAAACAUGACGGCAAACUGGAGAACGUGCGAGAGGUGUUGGCUCUGACCGUGGACGGCAAGAACGGAGUCGUGUCCACCGGGGAGCUCACCGUGAUCCUGGACGGCCUCUCCUUUGACCCGCUACACAUGCUCAACGGAAACCCCACCUCUGCAAGCAAAGUCCAUCAGAACGGAGACGCUCUUCACGAGAACCGGGACGAGACGCAGAACAGGGCUGUGAACGGCUCAGACGGCCCAGACAAUGAAGCUCCGCCCACGUCAUCUGCCAACAGUGAGAUUAGCCCCUCCCCCCUCCUCCUCAAUGGAGACAGAGACUCCUCCCCUUUACACCAAACUCCCAGUCCAAAGGCCACGCCCACCCCGCAGCCCGGCAACAGUGAAGUGAGCGGCGCAGCCGUGAACGGCGAGGGUUUUGAGGUGUCGUCUGCGGGUGAGGAUGAAGGCGCUCCUCCUCCUCCUGAUGUUUCCUGCAGUUCUUCCUCUUCUCCUGCAGGGGGCGCUCCUGCCAUCACUGCGUCAUCACCAGCCUCCACUUCUGCAGUGCCGGACACACACACACACACUCCUGCUGCUGCCUCCAGCUCACCUGACCCUGAGGGAGCCAAACCAGGACAGCAGCCGCCAGCAGCCGGACCAGAACCACUGCCACCCGGAUGGGAACAGAGGAAGGAUCCUCACGGCAGAACGUACUAUGUCGAUCACAACACGAGAACGACGACAUGGGAGAGACCGCAACCGCUACCGCUGGGCUGGGAGCGCAGGGUGGAUAACCGUGGCAGGGUUUAUUACGUGGAUCACAACACGCGCACCACCACAUGGCAGCGGCCCACCAUGGAGUCGGUGAGGAACUUCGAGCAGUGGCAGUCCCAGCGCAGUCAGCUACAGGGAGCCAUGCAUCAGUUCAACCAGAGAUACCUGUACUCGGCCUCCAUGAUGUCGGCUGAGAACGAUCCUUUGGGGCCGCUGCCGCCGGGCUGGGAGCGCCGUGUGGACACCAACGAUCGCGUCUACUUCGUCAAUCACAACACCAAGACGACGCAGUGGGAAGAUCCGCGAACACAAGGGCUGCAGAACGAGGACCCGCUCCCCGAGGGCUGGGAGAUCCGCUACACCAGGGAAGGCGUGCGCUACUUCGUGGAUCACAACACACGCACCACGACCUUCAGUGACCCGCGGACCGGCAAAUCCUCCGUCACUAAAGGUCCACAGAUUGCAUACGAGCGAAGCUUCAGGUGGAAACUGGCUCAUUUCCGUUAUCUGUGUCAGUCCAACGCUCUCGCCAGCCACGUGAAGAUCACCGUGUCCCGGCAGACGCUGUUUGAAGACUCGUUCCAGCAGAUCAUGAACUUCAAGCCGUAUGAUCUGAGGCGGCGUCUGUACGUGAUCUUCAGGGGCGAGGAGGGCCUGGACUACGGAGGCCUUGCGCGGGAGUGGUUCUUCCUCCUGUCUCACGAGGUGCUGAAUCCCAUGUACUGUCUGUUUGAAUACGCCGGCAAGAGCAACUACUGUCUGCAGAUCAACCCCGCGUCCACCAUCAACCCCGAUCACCUGUCCUACUUCUGCUUCAUCGGGCGCUUCAUCGCCAUGGCGCUCUUCCAUGGGAAGUUCAUUGACACCGGCUUCUCGUUGCCCUUCUACAAGCGCAUGCUCAAUAAGAAGCUGAUCCUGAAGGACCUGGAGUCCAUCGACCCCGAGUUCUACAACUCGCUCAUCUGGAUCAGAGACAACAACAUCGAGGACUGCGGCCUGGAGAUGUACUUCUCAGUGGACAUGGAGAUCCUGGGCAAGAUCACGUCACAUGACCUGAAAGCGGACGGUGCCAAUGUGCUGGUGACCGAGGAGAGCAAAGAGGAGUACAUCGGGCUCAUGGCGGAGUGGAGGUUUUCUCGUGGCGUGGAGAGUCAGACCAAAGCGUUUCUGGACGGCUUCAACGAGGUGGUGCCGCUGCAGUGGCUGCAGUACUUCGACGAGAAGGAGCUGGAGGUGAUGCUGUGUGGCAUGCAGGAGGUGGACCUGCAGGACUGGCAGAGGAACACGGUGUAUCGCCACUACACGCGCAACAGCAAACAGAUCAUCUGGUUCUGGCAGCUGGUGAAGGAGGUGGACAACGAGGUGCGUCUGCGUCUGAUGCAGUUCGUGACGGGAACCUGCAGGCUUCCAUUGGGCGGCUUCGCUGAGCUCAUGGGGAGCAACGGGCCGCAGAAGUUCUGCAUCGAGAAGGUGGGCAAGGAGACGUGGCUGCCGCGGAGUCACACCUGCUUCAACAGGCUGGAUCUGCCUCCCUAUAAGAGCUUCGAACAGCUGAAGGAGAAGUUGCUCUUCGCCAUCGAGGAGACGGAAGGCUUCGGUCAGGAGUGAUGAACAUCUUUGCCCUUUACGGCGGCGACGCAUCAGCCAAGUAAAACAAAACCAUGAAACUUGCACAGACGAUUACCAAUGUAAAUAAGCUAUUUUGUCAUUUUAAACCAAAUCUUUAUCUUAAGACCUCAUUUAGUGAUCUUCAUAACAUGAUUCCCCAUGAAUAUGCAAGCGUUCGAGCUUCUCUGAUCUUUUCAAUGCUGAUAUCUAUAUACAACGCUUUGGUUUAUUCAUUCGGCGGGUUUUUAAAAUGAACCUGAAAAAAAAAAAACAUUAGAGAGGAUUUUAUAGUAGAACUCC